GUGAUGAUAAUGAUUAAAUACACUACAUGCCCAAAGUCAAAGGCCACCUUCACCAAUUAGACGAACAACAACAAAGAAAUGUUUGUGUUUACACAAGACACGCAAUAAUAACCACAAAUGAUGGUAGAUGUAACGCAGAGGACAUGGGGAUUUGUAUCAUGGCGAACGCAGCCGACCAAGAAAACGAAGCAACAAAUUUUCAUCAAAAUGGAGAAGAGAAAGAAAUAAAAGUAGAGGAAAGUAAACUGUCGGCGGAUGCACCCGAGUUUCAACCUGAAGUCCUGAAGAAGAAAGAAGAAGCGAAGAAAAGCGAACAGAGCAAUGACGAUGAGGAGGAUGACGAAGACGAUGACGACGACGAUGAUGACGAAGAUGACGAUGAAGAUGACGAUGACGUAAAGAUUAUUAUCGGGGAUGUGAACGCGGAUCCUAACUCUGCGUUGUACGGUAAUCCAGUCAAUUGGAAUUUUAAGUCCAGUUCAGGAGCGACAACUGCAAAACCAACCACACCUGGAGCUCCAGCUAAGGGUGUUAACGUCGAUGGCGUUGGGACUGUAAAUGGUGUAAAUAUUUACGAAUAUGAUUUGGACACAGGAUCUGAAGAUAAACCUUGGAGAAAACCAGGUGCGGACAUUACCGAUUAUUUUAAUUACGGUUUUACCGAAGACACGUGGCGUCAGUAUUGCGAAAAACAAAGGCGUAUACGUAUGGAGCUCACGAUGUCCAAGAAAACAUAUGUGGUACCAACGGGAAUUCCUACAUUUGCUGCACCACCGCCGGACACCAUUGUCUUGCCUGAUGGCACUGUGAAAAAAAGAGCCGGACCUCCUCCUGAAAGGAAGCCCGAAGGUAGCAUCGACGUCAUUGGCGGAGAGAACUCACGAGUUGAAAGUCGGCGUCGACCAAACGAGGAUGAAAUUACUCACCCAGUACAAGAGGGAAUUCCGUCACAACAAAGAAUUUUACCUCAAGCCCACACUGCGCCACCUACGAUACAUCCACCUAUACCGGAGCCCGGGACACACUUCAUACGUCCCCCUGAAAAUCCUCCCUCGUCUCAUCCCCCCAAUGUGAAUCCCAUUCCGACGGGCAUCUCUCGCAUUCCCACCAUGAGACCUCCCUUCAUUCACGACGGCACUCGUCCUCCGCACAGUUUCCCACAUGGUAUACCGAGAAUGCAUCCACCACCAGGCUUUCAUCGUGAGAUGAUGAUCCCACACGAGGGCAUGAUGCCCGCCUUUGAUAUGGGUCGAGGUCGCGGUAGGGGAUUCGCUAUUCAUCCGGGAAAGAUACCGAUGAUUCACCCUAUGGAUUUUCCAAUGGAUGACAGGCUUCAAGUUCCAAUGAUGGACGAAAAUGGAAUGUUUCCAGUUGGAUUACCUCCUGCUAUGUCAUAUGAUCCCAUGAUGAUUCGUUCAUUCCCUCCGCAACACGUUCCGCCUGUGGAGCAACGUGACACGCGUGAGCAACGCGAUACGCGAGAUCAGAGAGACUCACGAGGGGAACGGGAAGCGCGCGAGAAACGUGAGGGCGAGGCGGAUGACGAUAAACGCAGCGAGGAUGACAGUGAAGAUAGCGAGGAAACAAGCAGUCGUACGCGAAAACGACGCGACAGAGACCGACAUCGAGACAGAGAUAGGGAUACUGAAAGACGUGACAGAGAUCGAAAACGUGAUCGCGAUAAGGACCGAGAUCGUCGAGAUCGUGUGAACGUGAACGUGAUCGCGAUCGUGACAGAGACCGUGAUAAGGAUCGCGACAAGGAAAGAAGGCAUCGGGAUAAAGACAAAGAUAAGUCAUCGAGAAGAGACGAUCGUGAAAGGUCAAGCCGUAAGGAUCGCGAUAGGUCACGCGAACGAAGAGAUAAGGACAAAAAACGACACACCCGAAAUGAUGAGAGUCAAGACGAAGGUGGCGAGGAGAGCGAACUGCCGAAAAAGAAAAAGAGUCGACGAACACGCGAAGCUGAUUCUGAUGAACACGAGAAUGGUGACAGUAAAAAGGCAGACGAUUGAAGGAUUCUUGAUUUAUUAAGUCAUGAAACUGUCGUCGUCCCAUUAGAUUAUAUGCAUACUUAGUACAUUAUAAAAUUAGUUGUGUGUAUUGUAUGCACACGAACUAUCCUACAUGCACACGCGUGUCCCCGGGGGAUACCAUUCAACGACAAAUAUACAUAGACAUCAUCGCGAUGUUUCAUGAGGAAAUAACUGGAUGAAAAGUAAUUGCAGACUGUCAGUUUAUUUUAUAUUGCGAUUUUGUCACUUUAUUGUGAUUUCACACUGUGCACUAUAGCGACUGAUCACGUGUAAUCUAUAAGUGUGACGCCGUCAAUAUAUUGCGCCAUAAAGACAGAUCGCGCGAAGCCUUAAUUGUAAUGUAAUACGCCAUAAUGAGCAAUUGCUCAAGUGAUUAGCGCUCAGUUCAAUCUGAGAUGUAAAUUGGAUGUCAAUUAUGAAAGUGUUUUUUGAUAGUUUUA